AUGCCAGAGAAGUCAGAACUGCAUUCAAUUUCAGAAUUUUCUCAAUUGCUAGGAAUGUUGUCAGAUCAAAACGAAAACGAGAAAACCAGAAAAGUGAUCAAAGAGAAGGAGAGACGAGAUUACAAUAAUCAGCUACUCGUUGUAUUGAAAAACUUAGUACAAGGCCCACAGGAUAGCAAUUUGAACGUACAUCAAGUGUUGAUAAAAAGCCACCAAACAGUCACUCAACUGCACAAACAAGCAUCAUCAGACCCACAGACUGCCGGAUUUUUGCAAGGGCUUGCCAAAGCUGAAACAAUUGUGAUCAGAUUCAUUGAGUCACUUCAUUUCGAGAAGAAGAGUUGCCAGGAACACAUUAACGUAAUAAAACAGGUGUUUGCGUCUAAAAGUGGUGGCGAAAAGUUGGAAACCGGAGAGGGUUCUUCAUCAUCCUCACCGAAAAUGCGAAGCGAUCAAACUGAUCGGAAAGAAAUAAAGAAGAAUCGUGAGCAGUAUAGACGAGACAGGCAUACCGAGGGUUAUAAUGCAUUGGAAGACUUCAUCACCAAACAAAACCUCCUUCCUCCAAAUCGUGGGAAGCUUCAUAAAAUUGACAUUCUACAAACGAUCAUAAAGUACAUUAAAGAAACAAGAGUCGUCGUUUCCAAUCAGAGUGCCCAACAUCAGUUGCCCAGAACUGUUGGUUUUCUUGAAGGCCUAAAGAAGGGAAAAGAUAUUUCAAUUCAGUUUUUCCAGAGCAACGCGAAUCUCUUCGGUUUUCUACUCUCUCUCAAUGCAUUCUUCGAAUUCAAUGUGAAUCCACAGCCAUUAUUCGGAUUUCCAACUGGACCAGCUGCAAGUCCAUUUCCAGUUCUUCCAGCAGCGGUUCCAAUUGAUGUGCCAGCGGCAAAACCAACAGAAGCACCAGCUCCAGUCGCAGCAAAUUCAGUCCUUGCACAACUGUUACAACUUAUGCUCUCAAACUCGUCCAAAGGCAUCAUCCCACCACUCCCAAUGACUCCAACUAUUCCACAUCCUACUCCAGCUUCCCCAACUGGAUCAAUGGUGACAUCCGAGUCGUCAGCAUCUGACAACUCAUCGCCGUCUUCUAACAACUCAUCUGGAAGCUCAUCCCCCGAACUCACUGACUCUCAGAGCCCAAAAAAAGUUUUCCGCCCAUGGCUUCCAUCAAACUCUUAA